AUGCCAAAUACAACAGGAUAUUUAAGCAAUAAGGAUCAGUUAGAAGAGAUUAAAAAGUUAAUUAUUGCUAGCAGCAAUGAUCUCAGCAGUAAAAUAGAAAAAGUGAACGAUGAUUUAAUUAAGGAAAAUCAUGUUUUAAAACACAAAAUAAAAACUCUUGAAGACAAAAAUCAAGAUUUAGAAUUAAAAAUAAAUAUUUUAGAAAUUAAGGCUAGGAAAAAUAAUCUUAUCAUAUAUGGGCUUCCAAAUAAAACUGAGUUGAAAGGAGAAAACUUAGUGAGAUGGGUAGUGGAUAAACUUAAAAACCUGUUGGAAGUAGACCUUAAUGCUAAUGAAAUAAAUAAUACGUACUAUUUGGGCAGACCAGAAACCGAAAAAAAACCACUUUUAGUUGAAUUAACAACUUACAUUAGAAAGGACAUCUUGCUUAAAAACGCCCGCAAACUAAAAGGAAAAUCUGUCUUUUUAUCGAACGAUCUAACUAAGGCUGAAAGAGAGAUUAAUAAAGUUCUAUAUAGUAACCUUAAAGAAGCUAGAAAACUUGGACUUACGGCCUUCAUUAAAAAAAACAAUUUACAUGUGGGAAACGAUAUUUACAUAUACGAAGAUCUGUUACAAAGUGAUAUUUUCAAAUCGACAUCUGGUGAUUUAGACGAAGAUGUUUUUUAUGGGCCGCCUCCGAGGCGCUCUGUAAGCGUCCCAGGUUUAUCUGCGUUAUCCCUGACGGAAGAUGAUUCGAACGACUUUUUCGUAGCAGUAGACGAUACCCCUGAACAAGUAGCCGCGACACCAAUUGAAGAGCAUAAACCAGCAAAUCUGCAAGAAAAUACAAAAACAGGAACAGACGAUAAAAAAGGAGACAAACAAGACCCAAGAAGAAAAGUAAUAACCAGAAAUCCUGCUGCGGUAGAUACUUAUCCUACGAAGGCAACUCGAUCAUCUAGUCGCUCAACUCGACAAAACAUUGCAAAAAAUUUAGACGAACUUCUUAUAUUUAUCAAAGGAUUAGAUGAACAGUUUGACGUUAUUGUGCUAACUGAAACAUUUAUAAUUUAUGAUCCAAGUCAAUUUCACAUUCCAGAUUACGAUUUUAUUUACAAUGAUAGUAGGUUAAAUAGAAACGAUGGUACAGUAGUUUUUAUCAGAAAAAUUCAGAAGGAUAUGAUUGGCAAUGAAGAAAUUGAAAUUCAAACAUGCAGUUCUCAAUUAAAAUCACGACUACACGAAAAAUAUUCCAUCAAAUGA